ACAAAGAAAAAGAAUAAAAACGCAAGUGUAUGGCGGGAACAACCCUAACUUUUUCUUUCUUACUUUUUCAAAUUAAAUUUCAUUUUAAGCAGAAAUAUUAAUUUAUUUAAACAAAACAAACACGAGACUAGACGCAAACAAAUCCACCAAACGAGUAUUGGAAUCAUUUUUCUGCAAAUGGCGCAGAAGAAGAAGAAAGCUAGGGUUCCCGAAGAUGAAGAAGGAAUCGAAGCUGAACCUCAAAAGAACCUCUACCAGGUUCUUGGCGUGGAAAGAACUGCAUCUCAACAGGAAAUAAAGAAGGCGUACUACAAGUUGGCAUUGCAGCUACAUCCUGAUAAGAAUCCUGGUGAUGAGGAAGCUAAAGAGAAAUUUCAGCAACUGCAAAAAGUUAUCUCAAUUCUUGGGGAUGAAGAGAAACGGGCCCUGUAUGAUCAGACUGGUUGUGUUGAGGAUGCUGAUCUUGCUGGAGAUGUUGUUCGGAAUCUUCAUGAGUUUUUCAGAACAAUGUACAAGAAGGUCUCUGAAGUUGAUAUUGAGGAGUUUGAAGCAAACUAUAGGGGAUCUGACUCGGAGAAAAAUGAUUUGAUUGAUCAAUACAAGAAGUGUAAGGGUAAUAUGAACAGGCUUUUCUGUUCAAUGCUUUGUUCAGAUCCUAAACUUGACUCGCACCGAUUCAAGGAUAUUCUUGAUGAGGCUAUAGCAGCCGGAGAACUAAAGACAACAAAAGCCUACCAGAAAUGGGCUAAGGAAGUAUCUGAAACCAAACCUCCAACAAGUCCUUUAAGGAGGAGGGCAAAGUCAAAUAAUCAGUCGAAAACAGACCUGUAUGCAAUCAUUACACAACGCCUAAAUGACAGGAAAGACCAGUUUGAUUCAAUGUUCUCGUCUCUUGUUUCAAAAUAUGGUGGAGGUGAUAUGCCAGAACCCUCUGAGGAGGAAUUCGAAGCUGCACAGAGAAAGCUGGAGAGUGGAAGAUCCUCAAAAAAAUCAAAGCAAUCAAAGCGGAAGUAA